GUGAAACCGUUCUGAGCUGCAGAAACCAGCUGACGUCACAUCAACUCCUCCCGUUGGACCGGUUCUCUGGCCGGUCUUUCUGCUCGGCACCUCCCACAAGGAAGAGGUCGACGUCCGGUGGAGAGGAACCGGGAGCAGCACCGGAAACGAGCAGAAGUUACUGACGGCGUCGGCUCUCAGGUGAGAGGAUGAACACGCACAGCGAGGUGGUGGACAGGUUACGGGGAGCCUUUCAGUCGGGCGUCACCAUACCGGAGGAGUUUCGUCGGACCCAGCUGACCAUGCUCAGGUCGAUGAUCUCAGACAACGAAGAGAGGAUUUUAAAAGCGCUGCACCAAGACCUGGCCAAGCCGAAGUUCGAGGCCAUCCUCUCAGAGGUUGAAAUCGUGAUGAAUGAGCUGCACCACGCCAUCGCCAACCUCUCUCACUGGAUGAAGCCAGAUUAUGUGUCUAAAAACCUGGCGACUAAGCUGGAUGACUGUUUUGUCCGGAGGGAACCUUUAGGAGUUGUCCUGGUCAUUGGUCCAUGGAACUACCCACUUCAGCUCCUAAUCCUCCCCAUGGUUGGAGCCAUUGCUGCAGGAAACUGUGUGAUCAUCAAACCUUCAGAGGUCAGCUUUGCCACUGAAUGUCUGAUAGCAGAUCUCAUCCCCAAGUACCUGCCUCAGGACUGUUAUACGGUGGUUCGCGGUGGAUCAGAGGAGACCAAGGCACUUCUUCAGAACCGAUUUGACCACAUCUUCUACACAGGUUCUCAAACUGUGGCCCGAAGCAUUGUUCAGGCUGCCUCGGUCCACUUGACACCAGUAACUCUGGAGCUGGGUGGCAAAUGUCCUUGUCUCCUCUACGGGCGGCUGAACAUUGUUGCUGCAGCUCAUCGUCUGGUUUGGUCCAAGUUUUUUAACGCUGGCCAAAGCUGUGUGGCUCCCGACUAUGUGCUUUGCUCAACGGCUACCCGAGAUGCCCUGAUACCAGCGCUGAAGGACGUCUUGGAGAGCUUCUACACCACAGAGCCUCAGAAGUGUCCCGACGUGUCCCGCAUUGUGUCGCUCCGGCACUGGACCCGUCUGGUGGAGCUGCUCGGAAAGACCCGGGGAAGGAUUGUUUUGGGAGGAGAACAUGACCAGGAGGAUAAAUAUAUAGCCCCAACAGUGGUGGUGGAUGUAGCUGAAGAUGAUGCCUUAAUGGCAGAGGAGAUCUUUGGUCCCAUCCUGCCCAUCAUCACCAUCGAGUCUGUUGAGAAAAGCAUAGCGUUUGUCAACCGUAAAGAAAAGCCUCUGGCCCUCUACGUCUUCUCGGAUGAGUCUUCUGUGGUUAAGAUGGUGAUGGAGAACACCAGCAGUGGCGGAUUCUGCUCUAAUGAUGGGAUUGUCCACAUGACGCUGCCUGGCCUGCCCUUCGGAGGUGUAGGUGGCAGCGGUUGGGGUAACUAUCAUGGCCGCUGGGGCUUCGAGACAUUCAGCCAUCGACGAGCCUGUAUGCUGCGUGGCUGGGCGUUGGAGAGACUCAACGGCCUGCGCUACCCACCCUACAGUGAAGAAAAGUUAAAAUGGCUGCGUUGGACGACCAGUGCAAAGAACAGCUGCUCAAUGAUGUGAUGGAAGCCACAUUAAACGUGUGUGUGUGUGUG